AAAGGCACGCUGGCUUCUCAAUCCUCUUUCUCCAGUAACGCUGGCCAACGCCGACGGCGCUCAUCUGCCGCAAGAACGCAACCACCAAAUCUCAAUCUUGGCCUCCCCAACCGGCUAGGGACGACAAGUGGCCUCUCGGGUGGCUCAUUGGGCGACGGCCUGCCCACCAUCCCCGGCACACCAGCGGCCGACAUGUCAAGAUCGCCUUCACCUAGACCUGGCGGCUGGUCGAGUCCUGGCCUGAACACUCCGUACGAUUCAGGCGGGGCCAAUGGCUCGUCGCACAAUGUGACCUGGGCUUCUGCCCAGGCGCGGAGCGCUGAGGUGAAGGGAUACCCAGGCUUCAACCCGAGGAACCAGGGCUUCUUCGCCAAACACUUCCGCAGGAUAUCCACAAGCCUGCCCAUGAGCUACGGCGACAAGGAGAAACUUGGUCGUGGGCGGACUCAGGGCAAUAAAUUGACGCAGAUGGUGAACCGCGUUGGCUGGAAUCUCUGGCGUUUGAGACGGUCACUAGGGGUGGUUCUGUUCAUCCUCCUCAGCAUCAUCAUAUUCUACGCGACACCUCUACACCGAACAUACCGACGAUCUGCACUUUUCGGCGGCGGCAGUAAAUACGUUGUGAUCCUCGCAGCAAACCAGGGUGGAGGUGUCAUGGAGUGGAAGGGUCCUCGCGAAUGGGCCAUUGAGCGCGACAGCGUCAAGAACAAGAAGAAGUAUACCAAGAAGUGGGGAUACGACCUCGAGAUCGUGGACAUGAGCACCAAGAAGCGCUAUGCCCACGAGUGGAGAGAAAGCUGGGAGAAAGUGGACACUAUCCGCAACGCCAUGCGGAAAUACCCACAGGCUGAGUGGUUCUGGUGGCUUGAUACCAACACCUUCAUCAUGGAACCGUCCUACUCUCUCCAGAGCCACAUCUUCAAGAACCUGCAAGACAUCACAUACCGCGAUAUCAACGUAUACAACCCCCUCAACAUCUCACACCCUCUGACCGACGAAUAUCUUGAUCUCGAGACGCGGUCACCGGUCGGUGAUGGUCGAGUCGAGUCUAUCAAUAUGCUAGUACCACAGGACUGCGGUGGGUUCAACUUGGGCUCAUUCAUGUUGCGAAGGAGUGUCUGGACCGACCGACUUCUAGAUAUCUGGUGGGAUCCUGUUGGCUACGAGCAGAAACAUAUGGAGUGGGAACACAAGGAGCAGGACGCUUUCGAAUACAUGUAUCAGAACCAGCCAUGGAUUCGACCGCAUGUCGCUUUUCUUCAGCAACGCAAGAUCAACAGCUUCCCACCCGGUGCGUGUGGCGAUGGUGGCGACGAUGUCAGCAUCCACUACAGGGAACAAGAUCGCGACUUCCUGGUCAAUAUGGCUGGUUGUGAGUGGGGUCGCGACUGUUGGGCUGAGAUGUACAACUACCGCCAACUCAGUAACCGUCUGAAUCGGAACCCUUGGGAAAAAUUUAAGGACGGGAUCAGCGACUUCUUCAAGAAGCCGGCGAAGAAGGAGGAGAAGAAGAAGAAGGAAGAGAAGAAGAACUGA